GUGGAGGAGCCGGCCGGGGAGGGAACAGCCGCGUGGGGCGGGAACUAGCUCCUCUCGCGAGAGUUGGCGACGGCCGCGGCGGCGUGUCCGUGAGAGCGGCGUGGGGGCGGGGAGGAGCGGCGGCGGCGGCGGCGGCGGUGGAGGCGUCCGAGCUACGCCACACGGGGCCGGGGCGCCGGAGCCGGAGCGCAGCGCGGGGUCGUGGCGGCGGCGGUGAGGGGAGCGCGGCGGAGGAGGCGGAGCCAUGGCGGGCCAGCAGUUCCAGUACGAUGACAGCGGGAACACCUUCUUCUACUUCCUCACCUCCUUCGUGGGGCUCAUCGUGAUCCCCGCCACCUACUACCUCUGGCCCCGAGACCAGAAUGCGGAGCAAAUUCGAUUAAAGAAUAUCAGAAAAGUAUAUGGAAGAUGUAUGUGGUAUCGUUUACGGUUAUUAAAACCCCAGCCAAAUAUUAUUCCUACAGUAAAGAAAAUAGUUCUGCUUGCAGGAUGGGCACUGUUCUUAUUUCUUGCAUACAAAGUUUCCAAAACAGACCGUGAAUAUCAGGAGUACAAUCCAUAUGAAGUAUUAAAUUUGGAUCCUGGUGCAACAGUAGCAGAAAUUAAGAAACAAUAUCGCUUGUUGUCACUUAAAUAUCAUCCAGAUAAAGGAGGCGAUGAAGUUAUGUUCAUGAGGAUAGCAAAAGCGUACGCAGCUUUAACAGAUGAAGAGUCUCGGAAAAAUUGGGAAGAAUUUGGAAAUCCAGAUGGGCCUCAAGCUACGAGCUUUGGAAUUGCUUUGCCAGCUUGGAUAGUUGACCAGAAAAAUUCGAUUCUGGUUUUACUUGUGUAUGGACUGGCUUUUAUGGUUAUCCUUCCUGUUGUGGUGGGCUCUUGGUGGUAUCGGUCAAUACGAUAUAGUGGAGACCAGAUUCUAAUACGUACAACACAGAUUUAUACAUACUUUGUUUAUAAAACUCGAAAUAUGGAUAUGAAACGUCUCAUUAUGGUUUUAGCUGGAGCUUCUGAAUUUGAUCCUCAGUAUAAUAAAGAUUCCACCAGCAGGCCAACAGACAACAUCUUAAUACCACAGCUAAUCAGGGAAAUUGGCAGCAUAAAUUUAAAGAAGAAUGAACCUCCACUGACCUGUCCAUAUAGCCUGAAGGCCAGAGUUCUUUUACUGUCUCAUCUUGCUAGAAUGAAAAUUCCUGAGACACUGGAAGAAGAUCAACAAUUCAUGCUGAAAAAAUGUCCUGCUCUGCUUCAGGAAAUGGUUAAUGUAAUCUGCCAGCUAAUAAUAAUGGCCCGGAGCCGCGAAGAAAGGGAGUUUCGUGCUCCAACUUUGGCAUCCUUAGAGAACUGUAUGAAGCUUUCCCAGAUGGCUGUGCAGGGGCUCCAGCAGUUUAAAUCUCCCCUUCUGCAGCUCCCUCAUAUUGAAGAGGACAAUCUUAGAAGAGUCUCAAAUCAUAAAAAGUACAAAAUUAAAACUAUCCAGGAUUUGGUCAGUUUAAAAGAAUCAGAUCGUCAUAGUCUGCUACACUUCCUUGAGGAUGAAAAGUAUGAAGAGGUCAUGGCGGUUCUUGGGAGUUUCCCGUAUGUGACCAUGGACAUAAAAUCACAGGUAUUGGAUGAUGAAGAUAGCAAUAACAUCACAGUAGGAUCCCUAGUUACAGUGUUGGUUAAAUUGACGAGGCAGACGAUGGCUGAAGUAUUUGAAAAGGAGCAGUCCAUCUGCGCUGCUGAGGAACAGCCUGCAGAAGAAGGGCAGAGUGAUGCCAACAAGAUCAAGGCAAAAGGAGGAUGGCAGCAGAAGAACAAAGGACCCAAGAAAAUGCCCAAAUCCAAAAAAAAGAAGCCUUUAAAAAAGAAAUCCACAACUGUGCCCUUACCUCAGGCAAAGCAGCAGAAGCAGAAGCAGGCGAAUGGAGUUGUUGGGAGUGAAGCUGCAAUAAAGGAGGAAGACGACGACAUUUCUGACAAAGGCAGCGAUUCUGAAGAGGAAGAAACCAAUAGAGACUCUCAGAGUGAGAAAGACGAUGGUAGUGACCGAGAGUCUGAUAGAGAGCAAGAUGAGAAACAGAGCAAAGAUGACGAAGCAGAGUGGCAAGAGUUACAACAGAGUAUACAGAGGAAAGAGAGAGCUCUUCUGGAGACCAAGUCAAAGAUCACACACCCCGUGUACAGUCUCUACUUUCCUGAGGAAAAACAAGAAUGGUGGUGGCUUUAUAUUGCAGAUAGGAAAGAACAAACAUUAAUAUCCAUGCCAUAUCAUGUGUGCACACUGAAGGAUACAGAAGAGGUAGAAUUGAAGUUUCCUGCACCAGGCAAGCCUGGAAAUUAUCAGUAUACAGUGUUUCUGAGAUCAGACUCCUAUAUGGGCUUGGAUCAGAUUAAACCACUGAAGUUGGAAGUUCACGAGGCCAAGCCUGUGCCAGAAAACCACCCACAGUGGGACACAGCAAUAGAAGGGGACGAAGACCAGGAAGACAGUGAGGGAUUUGAAGACAGCUUUGAGGAAGAGGAGGAGGAGGAGGAAGGCGGUGACUAACCCUGUGAGCGGACCACAGCGUUUGCACAUCCUUGCAAACACCUGCUGCUUUGUGAGUGAUAAUAAAGCAGAAGCAGUGGAGGACUGAUGUGGAGAGAAGUGUUGGCGUCUUCACUAGAAACGGAUGCAAAAAUAGGCCAUCGGUGCCACGGUACAAUCUGAAAAGGGUUUUUAAAGCCGUUCAGGUUUGGGGUGGUGCGUUUAUCUCAUCUGCAAAUGAUAAUAAAUCCUUUGAUGUUACAACUGUCCAGAAGUGUGGGCUGUGCAUUACCUGAUCAGAUUAUGCUCUCAGUAAAAGUCAAGGUACAUGAAAAACAAUCUAUAAAUGAGGAACUUUUCUUUGUUCAGCUUUAGUUUUAGUAAACAUUAAAAUAUGAUAAACAUCACAAAUAUGUUUUAAGUAACGUCUGCUCAAGUUUUUAAUCUGUUAGUAAGCUCUGUUACUCAUUUAUCAAUAUUUUACAAAUGGUAAGAUUGUAACAGUUCCAUAUGUGAGUUGAAACCAUAGUUUUCAUCUUUCUUGGCCAUAACUUAGCAUUCUCACACAUUCCACAUAAUACAGAGGGCUACAUUUUAGAAUUUUCUGUUCUUAAUUGCCCAGAGUUAGCAGACAUUAUAAAAGUGGCUUUUAAUGGCUUACAGCCUCUUAAAGCCUCUGGUGGUGUCAGUGCAGGAUCUAAUUCAUCUGAUAAGCUUCAGGGCCAAAGUGAUUGUGGGACCACACAUUCUCUGAUGCUUGGUUUAUGUCAUUCAGCCUUUUGGAAAAGGUUCACUAUAAAAGCUGAACUACAUUCGUAGCUUUUACUCUACCUGACUCUGUCAGAAGCCUUUAAAGACAGUAAAUACAGCUACAAAGGAGGCAGUUUUGUAUUCAUUUGGACUCCUGUUAAUAAAAUAGAAGUUUGGCUCAUUUUAUGUUUGUAAUUGUGUGUCUUUUUACUCCUAGAGAAAGGGCAUAAGUAGGGUAAUGUUUUAUUUUUCAACUCAAAGUUUGAUAUUGUACCUCACUGUGCAAGUGACUGCUAUCUCUGUAUACUCUUGGAAAACCCAGGAGGAAGACCUCUUCUCUCAUUUAGUACAACCCAAAAGGGCAGUGCUCAACACAGAGUAGAAAUGUGUGUGAUGAGUCACUGAGUCAGAGGAAUAUUUUUAUUACUAGACAUAGAGGACACACAUCUACAAUACUCUAAGACUGCAAUAAUCCUAUCAAACUCUCCAUAGGCCAAAGUACUGUUGCAAUACUAACUUAGGACCUUGUUCAUUUAAAAGGUUGCUACUCUUCUGCAGAAUUAUUGCUGGUAUUUUGUUACUACAGUAGUUGGAAAUAAAAUUUGAAAAUUACCAAAAAUAUGAAUUUUUUUGUUGUUGUUCUAAAUUUAAGAUGUAACACUUUACAGUUGUUCUCAUUGGAACCUUGCUCCCUGGAUGAAUGAAACUUCCCUUCCUCUGCAGGCACGGUGUGUGGGUUUGCCUUCGGAUCAAGUCUUACUGGGAAGCUCCAGUAGCUGCUAGACAUGCAAGUGUGAGGGAGUGAGUCAGCUCAUGUCAGAUGAGAGCAGAGCGAUGAGCAGAAACACAGAGUUGUGGUGUUUGUAUUUCCUAGCUUUACUGAAGUAGCCAGACUCAAGAAAGGCAACUCUAGUGGCUCUUUCCCUCUGAAAGGGCAUACAGACUGUUGAAACAACUGGCUUCUCUGGUGUGAGAUUCUCUGGGGAGGAUUUUACACCCUGAUAACAACACCAUGCCUACAAAACAAUAUGUCUUCCAUGAUUGGAAAUUCCGACAGUUUGCUUAUGUUUGCCUGUUUUGUGAUGUGUAUCAACAUCUCAACCUAAAGAACCAAUUAAACAAGGCCGUGGUGAAAGCCUCAGUUAGGGUGCUCAUCUCUGCUCAGCCACUAAACUCCACAUCCCUUUUUUUCCUCUGGAUUAGUAAUUUGUCCUACUUUGCAUUUAGUUGAAAUACAGAGUGAAAUUGAUUAUAUAUGAAAUUAAGUAGUUUACAUUGUGUAAAAGUUUUAGUCUCUAAAUAUGCAGAAUGUCUGUCAAAAUAAUAGCUUUCCACAAGGAGACUUACUGCUAGUCGAAAGUGUGGCAGCUGCGAAAGUGGACAUUGGAAGACCUGACUGCGGUCUCAGACCCCAAAGUAGACAUUUGCAUUCUCUAAAAUUUUGUGAUUUUUGAAAAGAGUUGAGCACAUUGAAUUAAGAUUUUGUGUGUGGAGCAAUCUCGUUCUUUGCUCUGCCUUUCCCAGCAUGCCCUGGGGGUGGAGAAGAACAGGCUGUUGUAGUACUGCUUACUGGGAAGCUCAGGCGAGGAGUGGGUAUAGGAGUGGAACGCCAUUCCCAUGUGGAACCAGGGAGUGUACUGAGGCUUUCUUAGUGUGAUUUGAUUUUUUUGUGUGUGUUUUUGAGACUCACUAUAUAGCCUAGGCUAGCCUUGAACUCACAAUGUAGCCCAGGUUGUGGACCUUGUGAUCCUCCUCUAGCCUCAGCCUCUUGGGUAAUAGGAUUACAGGCAAGAGCCACCACACCUGGUGUUAAACACAUUUACUCCAUGUAUUCAGGUACCUGCUCCAGCUGGCUCCUACUAUGCACUGGAGUGUUGUUUAGUAAUAAUGUGUGUUUCAAAUGCACUACAUGUUUUUGAGGGAUUGUCUAUCAUGUAUUUACUGAGUUUCCAUGUCCAGACUCUGUCAGUAGGCACUGCAGCUUUAUGGACACUAAUGUUAAGGACUUACCUUGGACUUAGUCAACACAUGGUGGGAAUUUUUUCUUCUUUCUCCCUUGGCACAGUGGCCAGUAUUUAGGAUGCUUCCCUCUUUCUCUUACUUCCUUGUUCUGUUGUUUGUUUGCUUGAUCUUGUCACUAGGCAGAAGAAUUGUGUUUUAAGGAGCCAGCUCUUCAGUUAGUUGGCCUUCGCCUGUUCUCUUAUCCCCUUUGGAUAAAGCAACAUGCAUCUUUUGUUUUUAAAUGCUUCUCUUUUGAAGCAUUUUCUCAACUCUAUGAAUCCCCUGUUUAGUCUGCCUUAAAGUGAAACAACUAUCAGUGAACCGUAGCAUGACAUUUUACCAGCUGUGCAGUGGUUACUUAAGUGUGUCUCGAGAUGGUAGCAUCAUCAUACACUUAAACUUGACACUAGGGCUAUUUUACAAACCUUAACAAACAAAACAGACACCACCUUGUACAUUUUCCUGUAACUGAGCUAAAAAUCCAAAUUGCAAUUAUAGGCAUGCUUUAGAAUUGUGGUUUCAGGCAGGGGUGUACAUCCUCGGGGUAUGCGGAUACUAAGUCCAUUGAGAAAAUGUUAAAAUAAUGAUUCUUUGUAUUUAAUCUCAUCCUUUUAAAUUUCUAUUUUUAUGUGUUUUAUAAUGUACAUAAUAUAUUGUACAGUUGUACACUUAUAUAAUUUAUAAAUAAAUACAUUUAUUGGUGCAUUA